AUGGUGGGCAUAUCAAAACAAAAGCUUUUACCUCUUGAUGAAAAUCUUGCUGGAGUGGAGUCACGUAUACGUGAAAUAUUAUCCCGUUUGCAAAUCUCUGAUCCCACGGUCAUCAUGAUGGGAAUAUGCGGAGUUAGUGGAAUAGGUAAAACCACUCUGGCUCAAGUUUUGUAUGAUUACAUUAGCCAACAAUUUGAAGGUUCAUGCUUUAUCAGUGACGUCAGAGGAAAUUCAGCGAAAUAUGGGUUUACAUUUCUCCAAGAGGCAAUUCUUUCUGAUAUAGCUGGUGAAAAUACCAAGGUGGUUAAUGAGAACCAAGGAAUUUCAAUCCUUAUUAGGAAGUUGCAAGGCAAAAGGGUUCUUCUGAUACUUGACAAUGUGGACAACCUGGAGCAAUUAGAGUAUUUAGCAGGAGAAUGCAACUGGUUUGGUUUGGGAAGUAGAAUUGUCAUAACUAGCACGUGUAGAGAUGUUCUAGCUACUCAUGGAGUUGAAAAUAUAUAUGAUGUACCUAAAUUAAAUUACUAUGAAGCUAUUCAACUUCUAAGUUCCCAGGUAACCGAGGGACCUGUACCUGAUUAUUAUUAUGUGGUUUGGAAACGUGCAAUUCACUAUUCCAAUGGCCUUCCAUUGGUUUUGAAGUAUAUUGGUUCUGACUUGUUAGAAAAAAUGAAGGCUGUUGAUUUUAGUUUAUCAGAAAUAUCAGUAGAGGAAUUGGAGAUUGUACUAGAAAAAUAUGAAGGAGUUUAUGAGGGAGGAAAAAUUCAGAGUAUACAUAAAGUGAGUUAUGAUAGUUUGAAUGAAUGUGAGAAGAGAAUUUUCCUUGAUAUUGCAUGUUUCUUCACCGGAGAGCCAGUGUCAUAUGUUGAAGAAAUACUAUCAGCUUGUGGUUUCGAGCCAAAAUAUUAUAUUACCAGACUUAUUGAUAGAUCUCUCCUAUCUAUCACUCCCACUGGAAGCUUUAUGAUACAUGAUCAUAUCAAAGACAUGGCCAUGAAAAUAGUGCAACAGGAAUCACCCCUGCAUCCAGGAAAACGAAGUAGAUUAUGGUGCCCUCAAGAUGUUCUUCAAGUUUUAAAUGAAAAUGAGGUUAGUACUAUAUUCACUGGUUUUAUGGUUUUAAAUGAAAAUGAUGUUAUGUUUGUAUGUACUAGUAUGUGA